AUGCCGUCACCCAUGAUCAAGGCGACGUUGGCUGCGGCCGCGCUGUCCAGCACCUCCAACGUAUUGGCGCAGAUUCUCGACGCCUAUCGCGCCGAGCGCCCCUUUGUCUUUGACGCCGCUCAGUUCCUGCGCUUCGUCGCCAUGGCUUUCCUGACGGCUCCGCCCAAUUACAAGUGGCAGCAGUACCUCGAGUACACCUUUCCGGCCUACGAGCGCCCGCGUGACCCGCUGCGCGAUGCCGAGAGCGGCCGCAAGGAAAAGGGCGACGACGACGAGAAGGUGGGCAUGAUGGAGGCACACGAGUCCUCUGGGGACAACCACCACCAUCUUUAUACUCCCCAGGUCGGUGAUGCUCCACCCAAACUCAACUGGAGCAACACCUUUACAAAGUGGUUCAUUGAUUGUAUCACCAUCGGGGCCCUCGUCAACACGGUUGCCUUCUUUGUCCUUAUGGGCUUGCUCAAAGGCCAGUCGGCUGCGCAGAUUGGACACAACGUUCGCUUCGAGACAUUUCCACUCAUUCUCGCGGGCUUCAAGAUCUGGCCGUUUGCGUCGAUUAUCAGCUUCAGCUGUAUCCCCGUGGAGAAGCGGAUUGUGUUUCUGAACUUUAUCGGCCUGCUUUGGGGUAUCUACAUGAGCUUGCUUGCAGCCAGGGUCUGA